GAGGCUAGGGGCAGCCGACAAGUGACUGGAGGUCCCCCCAUCUGUCCGUCCGAAGCCCAAGGCCCUUCGGUGACCUUUGAACCAGAAACGACAAAAAGUGGAUGUUUGUCCAUCUCCCACGACCCCCAGAAAUGUGCAUGCAGGACACCCGGAUGUUUCUUCUGGAGCUCAGCAAAGACAAACCAGCAAAGUAUGCAGCUCUCAUGUAUGAUGCGUUUGGGAAGCUGGGCAGUGAUGUGAAGGGCGGGAACGUGAACAGACCUGGCUCUCUACGCGAGUGCCUGUCUGUCAGUGCGCCAGGCUUCAGAGGGCAGUACUGCCAGGUGUUCCUCAAGCAGGAAGAAGUUCAGUACUUUGUUGGGAUUUGUGUUCCUGACUCAUGUACAGAGGCAGAUGUGCAGACUCUGGUAGUUUACGAUAUGUUACAAUCGAAAGAGGAGUCUCUAAUACCCCCGGUGCCAUCUCCACUUCUGUCUGACUCCACGUUGGGCAUCUACAUGACCCACUGCCUUAGUACCCACAUGACCCCUCCUGACCCCUCUGCAGUCAUCUGUCUGUUUGUGUGCGCUGUGCUUGUGACCGUGCCCUUGGUGGCUAGCCUUUACGUGGCCCUUCUCAGGUUGAAGCGCCAGAGGGCGGUCACCCCCAGCCCUGACAUCCCCCUGACCUCUGACCCCAGUUGCUAUGGCAGCCUGCUCUCCAACGGCUCUCCAGCCAGUCAAGCAGACAAUGGCAGCCCUGAUGACAGCAGCACAAACUCAGACGGCAAAGCCAGCGAGGACAGCAGCGCAAAGAGUCGCUUCUUGUCCUGGCUGCAGAGCCUCUCCCUGCAGGACAGCAGCGCGGGAGUCCUGAGCCUCUCCCUGCAGGACAGCAGCGCGGGAGGUCUGAGCGCGGGAGGCCUGAGCGUGGGGUCAGGCAGUGCUGACAGCUAUUCCUCCCUCAACGGCAUCCGCAUGCUCAGCCUGCUCUGGAUCCUCUCAGGCCACAACGUGCAGCUCAGUGCAUGGAACAACCUGGAUAAUGCUAAGCGCUGGAAAGAGAGAGUGGAGAGGAGCCCUCUCUAUGUGUUUGCAUUCAGUGGUCCUGUGUAUCUGGCUGUGGACUCCUUCCUGCUGCUGGGAGGUCUUUUGAGUGCCAAGUCCCUUUUGGCUUCCAUUCAGAGAUCAGAGGAUAAACUGAGCCCAGGACUUGUGACACAUUUCCUGUUCAAGAGGUUUAAGAGAGUUCAGCCUCUCCACCUCUUCAUUGUGUGCCUGGCCAUUGGUCUUUUCUCUGUCGUCCAGCGAGGGGCUUUCUGGUUCAUCGCUGAUGACGAGAUCCUGAACUGUAAGAAAUACUGGUGGUCAAACCUGCUGCUGGUGAACAAUCUUUUCACCAUCACUGACAUAUGUGCACCAUGGACCUGGUACCUAUCCAUCGACUUUCAGUUCUACAUCACCACCCCUAUACUCAUACUUCUAUACAGAUGGAACAAGAGGGUGCUUGCAGCUGUGGCGGUCCUUCUCAUGGUGCUGACGUGCUUGACCAGUGCCCUCCUCACAGCCGUCUUGCGUCUGCCUGUUCACCAGCCCACCACACUAUCAUUUGAGAGCUACUUUCAGUAUUAUUACAACAAACCCUACACUAGAUAUGGACCAUAUCUGGUUGGCAUCCUUGCGGGAAUCUAUAUGACGACCAAAAGUGGACCCUUUGUGAGACAUCGGUGGCAGGCAGGUCUGGGCUGGUUCUCCUCUCUGUCUGUGAUGAUGGCUGUGGUGGGCCUGGCCUACAGCCUGAGGGAAGUCCCCCCGGGACCCUCCCUGCCCCAUGCCAUCUACCAGGGUCUUCACCGCACCCUGUGGGCCCUGGCGCUGGCCUGGGUCAUCCUGGCCUGUGAGGAGGGCUAUGGAGGGUUUGUGGAUAGGAUUCUGUCUCUGAGCGUGUGGAUUCCUCUGUCCAACAUCAGCUUCGCCUGUUAUCUCAUCCACCCCAUGCUCAUCAUUCUCUACAAUGGCAAACGGGAAACGGCCAUUCACUACACUGACCUCAACUUUUUGUACCUGUUCCUGGGCCACACUGCUCUGAGCCUCUCUCUGGGCUACGUGCUGACCGUACUGAUUGAGAAGCCGUACCUCUUCCUGAAGGCCAGCCAUGGGAAGCCUCACUGAAGUGGACGAUGUGAUAUCAGGGAAAAAAACACAAGACCCUGACACUGUUUAUGAGACCACACAUGAUGAUGACAUAAGACAGGCUGUACACAGCGGCCCUCCAACUUUCCUGUGGCACUCUGUUAAUCUCACCAAUCACUCUGCCCCAUGCCUUUUAAAUGACUGGACCUGUUCAAUGUGGGUGCGGAGGCUUCUCAGCGCCCCAGGAACUCAAAGCCAUCGCCCCCUGGAUGUGUGAGGCAGAGGCCGUGUUGUCGGCCUCCUCAGGGGGGGCGCUUACGGGACGGAGAGGGCAGGCAAAGGGCAGUCUGAGUUACGCGUGUGACACCCAGCGCGUCCAGCUGGCCUGCCGGCGUGAGUCACAGCACGCAGCCGGAGCUCCAGGCGCCUUCCAGAGCCACGGCAGCGUUUAAAUUUACCCCCACCGCAGAAACACGACACUGCCGCGGGCCACACCGCUGCCACAGACGCAUACCCA